AUGAAUAAUGAUGAUCUUGUUAAUAUGAAUUCUCUUGAUAUAUGGACAUUUGCUGAUCAAUUUCGAGCUACUGUUAAAAGUGUAACAAAUAUUAGUAAUGAACAUCCUAUUCUAACUGGUAUGGCUCUUGGACUUAAUUCAACUUUAGAAAUAUCUGAAGGGAAUAGAAAAUUACCACCAUGUCCUAUGUUACUUAUAUCAAAUAGUGAUGGUCUUUUACAAGUUUAUUAUUUUAUUCAUAAAAGUUUACCAUCAAUAUGUCGUAUACCUGAAAUAAUUAAACCAAAUCAAACAUUACAAUCGUCAAUGAAUAAUAUUCUUGGAACAACAACAUCAUCAACAUCAUCAUCACAAAUGUUACCUUUUGUUUUAGGUCAACCAACAGCUACAACAUCAUCAUCAUCUAAUGGAUUUUCAUUUACAAAUUUUGGAUUUACAUCACCAUCUAUAACAAAUACUAAUUCUCAAUCAAAAGAAAAAAAUAUGAAUAAUAUUUUAAGUUCUAUUCAAUCACCUGUACAAACUAUAAAUACAUCAACAAUGGAUGAUCUUUCGAAAUCAAUAAAUAUGAAUAAUCUUAAUAAAAUAACAACAACAACAACAAAAAUUACAACAAAUAAUGAUCAAUCAUCUACAAUAAUUUCUAAUAAUAAAAAACUUCCUCAAAUGGUUGAUGAAAUUCAAUCGAAAUUAAAAACUCUACAAAUACCAUUAUCUAAAACAUCUGAAUCAACUGUUAAUCUUGACGAAUCUUUAGAAACUUUAAUAACAACACUUAAUAAUAUGACAACAUCACUUCAAACAUCAAUUCAAUCAAUAAAAACAAUGACAAGUGAACAUAUAGAAUCUAUAACAAGAAUUGAAAAUGCUCGUCAUCAAAUAAAAUUAUGUCAAAAAGAAAAUUUUUAUCAUUUAUUAAAAGAUCGUGAACUUGAUCCAUGGACACAAACACGUCUUGAUUCAAUUAAAAAUAAAUAUGAUCAAGUUAAACAUAAUUUAAAUGUUUUAUUACAAUUAACACAUAAAACAAUACAUAAUAAAUCAUUAUCUAGAGAUGAUAAUGAUAUUGAAAAUGAAGAUUUUCUACCUGAUUUAGAACUAUUAAAUACAUCUCAAACAAUGAAACAAGGAAUUCAAAAACGUCUACGUGAACUUAGUCAUAAAGUAUCUGACAUAGAAAAAGAUUUACAAAUUAUUUAUACAAAAUUUAAUAAAGAUUUAUUGAGUAGCAAACAAUAUGAUUCAAAUUUAACAAAGACGACAAUGUCGUCUCAGAAAUUAUUUCAUCCAUUAGAUUCAGAAAUUUUAUUAUAUUUACAAGCUACUCAUCCUGAUAUUGAUGAAAUUUAUGUACCACAAACACCAUUAAUCCAUUUAUCAUCAGUAAAUGAACAAAAAAAAUCUUCAACUAUUGAACUAACUAAACCACAAACACCUAUACAGACAAAUUCUUCACCAACAAUUGAAUCUGAAAGUUUUAAACAAAUGUUACGUAUUGUUCGAGCAUCAAUCGAUCUAUAUUCUGGUGCAGCAAGUCCGGAACAAUUACGUGAAUUAUCAAAUACAAUUUCAACAAGUCCAUUAUCAUCAUCAAUACAAAAAUCUAAUACAAUAUCAAUUAAUAAGACUCCAACUAUACCUAAAACAACAACAACAACAACAACAACAACUCAUUCAAAAUCACCAACUGUUACAAAAUCCUUAAAUACAACAAUACCAUCAACAAAUAUUGUACAAAUACCAGCUAAAACUGUUACUUCACCUAUACCAAAUAUUUCUAUUAUACCAGCAACACCAACAAUAUCAUCAGAUAUAUCAUCAAAAAUUCAAUCAAAUAAACCACUUAUUCAAACAUCUACUGAUCUAACAAAAACAUCAGGUGAUAGUGUUAUACGAUCAUUACUUAAUAAUAAUACUGUAUCAACUUCACCAACUCCAACAUCAAAUUUAAAUCAACAAUUAAUUAAUUCUACAACAAAUCAAAUUAUUAAAUCAAAUAUUCCUAAUGCAUUAACUUCACAAGUAACAAAUCAAGCUCCAACAACAACAAUAACAACAUCUGUUCAAUCAAUAUCUCCAACAACUAAACCAAUUAUAUCAACUGGUCUAAGUUCAUUCGGUUCAAAACCAAUACUUGGUAGUAAUGCACUUAAUUUAACACCUACUACAUCACCGACUACGCCAUUUGGUAUUACUGCAGCAACAACAGCGAAUACUGGAUCAUUAUUUGGUAAUGUUUCUAUUACAACUACAUCUGCUCCUAGUUCAUUGAUUACAACAACAGCAGCAUCCGCAACUCCUACUCCAUUUGGUACGGGAUUUGGUGCUCCUACAACUACAACAACUGUAACAACAUCAGCUUCUACUCCAUUCAGUACCGGAUUCAGUACUCCUACUACAACAACAACAACAACUGCGACAACAUCACCUUCUACUCCAUUUGGUACCGGAUUCGGUACUCCUACUACAACAACAACUGCGGCAACAUCACCUUCUACUCCAUUUAGUAUCGGAUUCGGUACUCCUACUUCAACAACAACUGCGGCAACAUCAGUUUCUGCUCCAUUUGGUACUGGAUUCGGCACACCUACGACUUCGACUCCAGCAACAUCAGCAUCCAGUACUGGUCUAUUUGCUACUGCAACAACUUCAGCUUCUACUCCAUUUGGUACUAGCUUGGCCUUUCCUACUACUACAACUGCAACAACAUCAGCAUCGGGCACUGGUAUAUUUGGUACUCCAGCAACAUUAACAUCAACUUCUAGUCUAUUUGGCAGCGGCUUCGGCACUUCUACUACAACAACAUCAGCACCUAGUACUAGUCUAUUUGGUAGUACAUCAACAACAUCAACUUCUAGUCCAUUUGGUAGUGGAUUCGGUGCUGCUUUAACAAGUACGGCUCCUAGUACUAGUACAUUUGGUAGUACAACAACAACAUCUCCAUUUGGUAGUGGAUUUGGUGCUAGUUCGACAGCAUCUCCAGGUGCAACAUUUGGUGGUUUCGGUUCUACUUCAACAGCAUCAACAUCGGGUACGAGUGCAUUUGGUAGUAGUGGUUUUCCAUUUACUUCAACUGCUAAAUCAACAGCUGGUACUUCAUUAUUUGGUAGUAGUAGUAGUACACCUGCAUUUGGUAGUAGUUUUUCUGGUUUUGGCACACAAGCAAAUUUGUCUGGAUCAUCGACUGGUUUUUCAUUUGGUGGAUUUGGUGGUGCUCAACCUGCAGAAACAACAACACCGACAACAACACAAUCAGGUUUUGGUUCUUUUGGAUCACCAACUGCUACAUCAUCACCAUUUGGUGGUUCAAUAUUUGGAGGAACAUCUGGGCAAACAACUGGUUUUGGUGCAGCAGCAUCAUCAUUUGGCGCUUCAUCAACACAAUCAGCAAAUUCACCUUCAUUUACAACUUAUCGUAAAUAA